GGGACAGUUAAAUAUAGACAUGCAGUACAGGCGGCUUCUUGUUAACUUUUGGCAGAAGUUCUCGAUUAACUGCAGCCGUUUUAUCUGCACUAACGAGAAGCAGAACGGAGGAAAGUUGUUUACGCAACAGAAGCAGCCCAAAAUUAUGCAUUUCCGGGCGUACGUGUUUUUGUUUACCGUCGCUAUUCUGUUUGCUGCAGCGUUUGCUGACCCGGUCAGCGAACUGGAAGUCGAAUGUAGCGCACUAUCAGCAUCCACUGCAACUCACGAACCCUUCGUCCCAAUGGAGAAAUUAUCCUUGCGCACGGAUAAUUUUACGCAAGCCGAAUAUGAGGCCUACUCUGCUUUGAGGAACAGCUCAACGACUUUCUGCAACAUUGCUCCAUUAGUGCAGUCCUAUUCUCAUCAGCGACUGGGUCGGCGCACGGUUUACCUGACGUACAUCGAAGCGCGCUGUUUGAACGGAGUCCGCGCCGCGGCCUCCCAAUUGACUCUCAACAUCCGCAACAUCAGCUCCGACCGCGCGGUAACCCUCCUGUUGGACGAACGCGCUGACACGGACGAUCCGGUGCACUAUGACGUCAUCGACCCGGUUCGUCACCUGCUGAUCGAGCUGCACGUGCUGCGCUGCGCCACGCCGAUUAUCACCGGCAAAAUCUACGCUGCCGGUACACUUCCAAAUUUGGUGACCCUGGAACUGCAAGGCUGCAGAAACCUGACGAUUAGGAAACGGGACUUUUCCCAGAUGCAGAACGUGCGGAUGAUCCGCUUCACCAUUUGCUCCAUCGCUAUGAUAGAGGCGCACACGUUCACCGAUCUGCCGCGACUGGACAGUCUGAUGCUGGAGUACGGGCUCGGUCUGGAAUUGAAGGCUUUGUACAGGGCCGACGAUUCCCCUUUAAACGAAGCUGACUUUGCCGUCGUACGCCGGCUGCACUGUGACUGCUCGCUGGCGUGGCUCCGCAACUUCCUCAAACAGAAAUUGCACUUGACCGCCCCUAAAGAAACCGGCGAAAUCGAAGUGAUUGGGAGCUAUAAGACACCGGCGGUCACCAACAGUGGAGAGUUCCCCAGUGUUUUCAGUGUGAACUGCACCGGCAUUCUGACGUACGAUAACAUUUUUGCCGGUACACAGUUUUCGUACGACACGUCUUGCUAUGGCGUGGCGCAGUGCUGAAGUAUCCGGAGCCUUUUGCGUGCUGUCAGAAUACCUUUCUUUACUUACGAUGUUUCGUGUUAAUCAGAGGUCUAUUCUGUGCUGGACGAAUCGAACAGUUUUGUCAUUUAUAAGCAAACACGAUCGUGAUAAAAAUUAAGUUGUG